AAUUUUUCAUUGUAUUUUAUUUUUGAAUUGGGGGCACUUAAAGAAAAAUAGAAAAUCAGUUGGGGGCACGUGUCCCGUAUGUAUUCCUUUGCUCAGGUACCACUCUCCUUUUAGGUCUUAGCUCAAAACCUUACUUGCAGCCGAAAAAAGGAGUCAAGUUGUCGACAUUUAUUUUAUGUCAUAUUAUUUUUUCAGAGAGAUGACACUGAAGUUGUCGACGAGCCGUUGUAUGCAGCACUUCUUAAAGCUACAGGUGCUGAUAGGCCCUGCAGAGACCAGGUUCUCUCCAAGAUGGAGUGCAAUGGACAUAAGGUAGUGAAAGAUAUCAUUUAUGGAUCAGGAUCAAAGAAGUACCGUUAUUGUAAGCAUAUCUCGAAACAACGGCUUUUCGGUUUGCCAAGAAAACUCAUGAGUAAAGGAAAACAUUUCAUAUUGAUACGAAAUCCACUUGACCCUUCUUUUGAGAAGGUACACCGUCCAUCCUUUCUUGAACUAGGCUUGGGGGAACUAGUCUCGAUAUACAGUGAUCUUUGUCAGAUGGGAACACCACCACCAGUCAUCGAUGCAGAUGAGCUUCAACGAGAUCCCGAGAUUAGGAGCAGGCAACGUUACGCGGUCUUUGCGAUGAUUUGGAGAUUCCAUCUCAAGCCUCUAUGCUUACAUGGGAGGCUGGUCCUAUACCAGAAGGUGGAGUAUGGGCACCAUGGUGGUACAAGAGUGUGCACGAGUCAACUGGUUUCUCAUCUCCAAAGAAGUACCCUCGUACGCUCCCUUUUGUCACAUUACGAUUUUCUGGAGCAAAGUCUACCACUUUACAACAUUCUUAGGAGCCACGUGAAGCGCAAGUCCUCACUAUUGAUUAGCCCCUUGGCUCCUCCUAGUCUCCCGGUUCCUGAAAACGCAAAACUUCUUGCAUGGGUUGAUGACGAGCUUUUACCUUGUGAGAUGGCAAAGGUUUCAGUUUUUGACUCGGUUGUACAAGGCGGUGACUCAGUAUGGGAAGGACUCAGAGUUUACAAGGGGAAGGAAGAUAUUCAAACUUGAAGAACAUCUUGAUCGGUUGUCUUUAACUCGUGGCAAAAAGGUAUUGUGUAACGAGAAGUUGGACCGGUAACGAGAACACUGCAAAACGCUGACAAGAAACUGACAGAGGAUUCAGGUGUGCUAAUACCCACAUACCAAGGAGAUACCAAAAAAGAGUGGUGGUGAUAAAGAAGUGCGUCUUGGCUUUAACUUCUAGAAAGGCACUACUGGGUCAAACUAUAAUUUAAUUCAGCGUUCUUUGUUUGACCCAACGUGAGAGGCUGAGAAAUAAGACCAUUAAUAAAUAAAGCGAGCGACCACUUAUGGAGACUACACAAUCGAACAUAUUAGAUCUUUUGCCAUUUUCAUUUACGGAAAUUUAUUUUAGAGUUACUCAUUCAUUCACGUGAAGGAUUCACGAGAUAAACUGAAUCAAAGGCCAUGUUUGUUUAUCUAAUCUCGAAUAAUUCAGUACUA